AUGGAGGAGGAAGAGACUCUAUCUGAUGAGUUUGAGAUUAAAAAUCUUCAAGAACAACAAAAUUCUUUAGUAAUUGCGGAUGAGAGUUCUCAAGACAACAUUAUUUCAGAGGAUUUUAAUAAUACGAAUUUGGAAAAGGAACAUACGCAAAUCAACAAUGGAUUAAAUCAAAUGGAUCAACCCACAACUUCUAUUCGGAACGAAGAAGGAAAUGCUACAACAUCUAUAGAUAUAAUUGGUUGUGCACCUCUCCAAACAUUAGCUAGUGGACUAGCAUUUGCCAGAAUUGCUGACCUUUCUGUUCAAAAAGAUGAACAUGUUCUUCGAUGUCAUGGCUUCAAAUCUAUUUUUAUUCCAUGUGAAAGACUUGAAACUGUUUAUCAAAGAGAUAGAAAAUAUAUACAAUUGAGGCAAAUAAAAGAAGUAAAGGAAAAAAAGGUGGCAAAAAAAGAACGAAGACGAAAAAAUAAGGAAGCAUAUCGAGAUGAUUCUGAUAGAGAUGAGCGGGAGAAGAAAAGUAUGUAUAUUGUUUAA